CCACUUAGUCCAAGUGAUGGAAUUACCCUCCACGUCAGACCAAGACAGACCUUGGACUCACAUAAGUGGGGACCAACCUGAUAUAAAAAUGCUAACAGAAUUACAGGACAUAUCCUGGACACAGCCAGAAGAGAACAAGUCUGUUCCAACUGCUGAUCAGCAUGAGCCAAACAAAAAGGUAUGGCAGGACAUAUCCUGGACACAACCAGAAGAGAACAUGUCUUUUCCAACUCCUGACCAGCAAGAACCAAACGAAAAGGCAGGCCCAUUAACAGAUGGCGAUGAUCCUGUGUAUCCCAGCGCACCUCUGACAAAAGGACAAAGUUUACUGUUGCUUAUGUCCUUUAUACUAAGGCACAAUCUUACAGCUGUUUCACUGGACCAUCUACUGAAAAUUUUCAAUGAGCAUUUUCCAGGCAUGGUACCAGUGACCACAUAUCUUUUCCGAAAAGCUUAUGGUCAGUAUGGAAAUUAUGAACCCCAUUUCUACUGUCCAACAUGUGAAAACUACUUAGGGAAUAAUACUGGUGAGCUACAGUGUGACAUUUGUCACACAGUAACUGAUUCAGAGAGCUCUCUUAAAAGUGGAUGCUUUUUCCUGGUUCUUAGUUUGGCCUCACAGAUCAAAACAUUGCUUGAGGAAAAACAAACAAAAAUUCAAAAAGAUUGGCUGAAUUCAGAUACAAUUUCAGACAUCCAAUGUGGAGAUGAGUAUCAAAAACUUAAGGAAUCUGGUGCAAUGGGUGAAGAUGACAUAUCUUUAAUUUGGAACUGUGAUGGAAUCCCACUGUUCAGGAGCUCCAAGUACCAGAUCUGGCCCAUACAGUGCCAAGUAAUAGAGCUUGAGCCUUGAGAACGAAAGGCAAAUAUCUGCAUUCCAUGUCUUUGGUUUGGGGAAAAAAG